AUGCACAAGACACUGCUUCUUGUCUUCAUCCACGGCUUCAAGGGCAACGAUGACACCUUCGCCACGUUCCCGAAACACCUGCAGGCGCUCGUCAGUAACGCGCUGCCCAACAUCAGCGUCACACCUCUAGUCUAUCCGAAGUUCGAGACCAGUGGCGACCUGCGCAAAACAGUCGAGCGGUUUCGAGAAUGGCUUCAAGACCGAGUCAUUGAUAUCGAGGUGGCGCAGAACACACCUUCGCCAACCAUUGACCCUUCCGUCCAUGUCAUCCUGGUAGGCCAUUCGAUGGGUGGCAUCGUCGCAGCAGAAACAUACCUCCUUCUCGCCUCGGAGCAGCCUGUACCUGCGGCAUCCUCGUCGAUGAACGUAGAGACACCCAACUUUCCGUCGAACACGACUUUGACGUCCACGACGGGUUCAUCUCAUCCCAAUCCACAGCAAGCCGUGGACACCUCCGUCGUCCUCAUGUUUCCGCAUGUCCAAGGCGUUCUCGCCUUCGACACGCCUUUCCUUGGCCUCGCGCCCAGCAUGUUCGCUAGCAAGGUCGAGGACGCACACGGAUAUGCCUCCACUGCGUACAAGACUUACACCGAGGCCGGAAAGAUCUUUGGUUGGGGUGGCAACAACGUAGCCGCAGCGCCAUCGACAGCCAAAGCCCUCCCGGCACCCUCAGCAGCAAGACUUUGA